AUGGUAGAGCUCACUUUCAUAGCCUCCACAACUGGUGACCCGAGACGUUCUACCUUCACCACCUGCGCAGCUAUCUCUCCUGCCGUCAACGCCAUGGCCUGCACCGGUGACCACCUCGCUCCACCGGCGGCGACCCUUGCAGCGCAUCCCGCAGCGCCUCCCGCCAUUUUCGGUCUCCGACUGCAGCUAUGGUUCGCCCACGUUGCAGUUCUCUUCGCUGACCGUCACAUCACUUCGCAGCUCUCCGAGUUCGGGUACAUCCUCGCCCACCUGCCGCCCGAGACCGCGGCGGAGGUCCGCGAUCUCAUCAUUCGGCCUCACGCUGAGCACCUGUACGAUACCUUACGCGACGAGCUCAUUCGACGCACGACUCUGUCCUCGGAAAACCGCAUUCGGCAGCUCCUUACAUCAGAAGAGCUUGGCGACCGCCGCCCCACUCAGCUCUUAUGCCGGAUGCGCGAGCUCGCUGGUAACCCCACCGCCGAAGACGCCCUCCUCCGCGAGCUUUUCCUGCAGCGACUGCCUCACAACAUCAGAAUGAUCCUCGCCUCGUCCGAGCAUGUCUCCCUCGACGACCAAGCGAAGAUGGCAGAUCGCAUUAUGGAGCUCGCAGGUAACCCGGUACUGGGCACUGUUGCGAAUCUUAGCCCGACCACCGCCGCACCUUCUCCCGAUCCCACUAUCGCAAUGCUAACGGCCUCUCUCCACCAACUCCGGAGCACUGUUGCCGUUUUGGCGGAACGUGUGGCCGCCAUCCAACCUCGCUGA